GGGGACCUACUUCAAUGUUCCAUUCACACUGUCUGGGAAUGGAGGGUAGUUGUAGAGUAGCUGAAGGCCAGCUGAACUGUUCCGCCCAUCGUUCUAAACGUCUGGACUUGGAGCAGAUGAGAGUAUCAUCUUUUUCCGAAAUAAUCUCACUUACACUUGACUUAUUAAUUCCAGUUUCUUUUAUUAGUCUGUAAAGCUGUCUUGUGUUCCCUAUAGUCGCCGCCUUUUCCAUCUCUUUUGCUUUCGUUACCCACCACUGCUCACGGUCGUUCUUUAGACUUUUUCUUAACCUAGAUCUGAUUUGUUUUCGCUCUUCAUCAUGUUCAGAACCUGAUGGGACGAGUUUGCGAGAAUCCAGCAGUGUGACAGACCUUGAAGAAAUCCACUGGUUCCUUGCAACUCUGUGGUUUAAGUCACUAAUAGAUGUCACUGCUGUUUCCACAGCUGAUUGUAUGCCCUUCCAAGCAACAUCUGGGUCAGCCUCGUCUUCACAACUACCUAAGUGUGACCUCAGUUGUUCCUGGAACCUACUUUUGGUUUUCUCGUUACUCAAGUCAGUUCUAACGGGUCUGAUAUCACUUCCCGGCUGCCCACACCGUGGAAGGGUAUUUCUUGAGGAACCUGAAAAGGAAGUUGGAUUAAUGCUGGUCCUAACGACCUGGGAGCGUGACCGCAGAUCCUAAGGGACAAUUGUUUAAGGCCGGUCGCGCGCGGCUCUUUUGAGGGAGGUUUUUAACGUGUUAGCUCCGUUCUUCAAAGAGCCUUACCACCGGAGACGGAAACCGUGAGGUAAGGUGAGGCGUGACAUUUUUAGGAUCGACCUUUUCUAACCCCACACCUCCUUGUGAGAAGGCAGCAUCGCUGCGGAUGCUGGUUGUCCGAGGGAAACACUUUACUGCUAAUCGGUAAAAAUCCAUCACCUUGUCAAACGAAUUUUUAUCUGUGCAUAGUACACUAUGCGCUAACCUCAACAUUUUUUUACUCGGUUGAUUUGAUGAAAAGCAGACAGUGCUUCAAAGACAGUUAUGAUCAAAAACCUACAACUUAUCCAUGUCUCCUAGUUUAAUGGACUAUUUUUCACAGUCACAAAAUUAUAGAGAAAACUUCUGCGCAGUAUACACGCCUUUUGAUUGGCAGACAGGCAACUUGCAUGUGUUACAAGUAGAUUUUUCUCACUAGAUACUCACAGUAUGAAAAAGGUCACUUGUUAAUCAUACGCUAUUGUGCGGACUCAAAUUUCCUAUUUUAAAAUUAAAAUGACUGUUUUCAAUGUCCUGUUAUUCAUUCGUAUAUAUUCAAGUUCAGAUAACUAGCUUAUAUGCUUAAAUGCAUCACUGUUAAUGGAUUAGUGGCUCGGUGGUUAAGACAUCCGAAAUCCAACCACCUAAUCGUAGGCUUGAACCCUGGUUCAUCCAUUUCGAUUGGGCCAGGAUUGCUAGGAUUUUCACAUGGCUAGAAGCCAAAUACACACAUUUUCACCUAGUAAAUGGGUUGAUGAAAAUAUAUGUAAAUAAUUGUAGCUCAAGCACAAACAUUUAUAACUCCUCUAGUGUUACGGAUCAAUUCACUGACUGAUCAAAAAAUUAGUUUUACGUGCGUCUGUUGUAGAAUAUCAUAAUGUUGUGGUUUCCUCCUGGGACGAAAAGCGGUUUUUUUCUGUUACUGGUUUUUCCCUCGUUUCUGUAGAUUAUAAUCUAGAUGGAACCAUAUACAAUGCCUAUCAUUAGUGAGCUAGCUUGAUGUAAAAUGUUAUGAUGGUAUUUAUCUUCUUGCAGUACGUAUUUCAAUACACAGAUACAGAAAAAAACCGUUUAUAUAUUUAGGAAAUUCUUAAUCACAAGUUGGAUAUUACGUACCACUAAUCGCUGGUUUGUUCAAAAUGCAAUCUGUUCAGAACAGUCAUCACUUCUAUCUACCUAUCUUGACAACGGUCGGACUCAAGUGCAUCGUGUUCUAAUUAGCCAUUAGUAGUAUACGGAUGAUAUAUAGAAAAUUAUCAUUUUUUGAUGGAGGAUUUUCCUGUGAUUUCUAAAAAUAUUUUUGAUGAAGAAGUGAGUUGUUUGUUCUUCGUCAACAAAUCCCACCUACGCAAGUAAAUUGAUACCAGUAAAUUAAUUGUCCCUAUCACUAUUAGGCUACAGGUUUAAAAACCCAUUACGACUUCACCCAUCUCGUAGGGUAGCCAGUCAAGCAGUGUCACUAGCUCUGAUUCUCUCACCCAGUCACACUCACACAAAGAGAGAAAUACAAAGAAUGGAAUUCCAAGUUGAACACACUCGUAAGUGGAUGAUAUCGAAAUGAAUGUAUAAUAAUUGUGGAAGGAUAAUACUUUAAGACUUAAAUAGAUAGUUGGUAGUAGUCUAUAUUGUAGUAUGUCGAUUGUUUUGUAAUGCCUCUUCUAAUGUUCUUUUAGAAAAAAAAACGAAAACCAUCAAGAAAUAAUGCAUUUUGCAAUUUUUAGUUUUUAUAUAAUCAUUCCAUGUUGGUCAUCGUCAUCAUCAUGUUUACAGUGUUCUCUGGGUCGUAGUUUUAUCCGAGAUAUCCACGUUUUACUACAUUAUUUCCUGUAUCUGUUACUUAUCAGUCUUUGGUAUACACUCGAGGAUUUCAACCAUAACAUAUUCAAUCAUACUGUUAUUAUGAUUAUUGUUUAUUCAAGUCAAUAUUGAACAUCUAACAAUGUUUCCAUCAUCAACACACUUCCCGUAACCAUCCUUUUCAUUUAAUUUUGCUAUUUCCUUAUUUCAUUUUGGAAGACGAAGACAAACCGGUUUUGCCAAUUCUCCUCCCUGUCUGUCUGUUUGUCUUUUUCUUGAAUUCUAGUUUACUUUAUUCUGUUUUUUUUUUCAAACUGUUUUGUGUAUGGAUCUGAAACGAAUCGAGGAAACACAACAGUACUUGAAAUUUUCGUUACUGGUGUCAUAAAAACACAAUCAUUUUGAACUGUUUAAUCUAGACAAAAAAGGACAAAUAUUUAGAUAGGGCCGGUAACCGUACUGAGAAUACACAGGUUAUUUUAUUAUUAGUUUAAGAAAACGCCCUAAAUUUUUGAUAGACAAUAGCUUUAGAGAGAUAAUGUUUCAAUGGUGAAUGAGCCUAACUACUACACCAACUAGCUGACUACGUUUUGCAACUGAAAGCAUGUUUCAUCAUUGCGAUACAAACCUGAUAUAUGGUUCAUAGUUAAAAAUGUAACGAACACCAAAUUCAUCUUUCAAGUCAUGGAUCUCAUCAGGGUAAUUUUUCUACCUCUGACUUUUCAAAGUAACUCUCUCCAGUCUAGGGACUCGUUAAUUUACAAUAGCCAAAUAACAUAUUUCUGUUUAUUGAAGACGUUGAAGAAAUAUGCAGUUAUUAUUAUUAUUAUUAAAAUGAUUAUCUUAUAGCAAUUUUAUACAUAUCCCCGAACCUAAACUCGUUUUUGACCCAUUAAUUUUUAUAUUAUUUUGCAUUUUAGAACUAAAAUCAUUCAAUCUUAACCAUACAACUUGUUUUUACCAGGAUAUAUUCUAAUUAUUUAUGUAUUGAAAUUUAAAAAAUACAGUGCAUUAUGAUGUAAUUUAUUUGUACAAUCAAAUGAAUAGUAUUUUGUUUUUGAUCACUCAUUUGAGAUUUUCUAGUUUUGACUUUAAGACAUAAGCAAGCGAAAAUUACCUUGCCCUAUCGAUCGUCACGAGCUGUCUGCAUUUAUUUUUUGUGGCAUAGAAGACGUAAUUAAUUCGACUCUACCGUGAACGUGUGUUGAUGUUUGUUACUUCAUGCAUGACCAAUAUCUUGUUUGUUCAAUCAAAUUCUAUCGAUCGAUUUCCCAUAUGGUCUCUAGUCUUAGUGAGGUCAGUCUCUGCUCGAAUAGCUCAGUAGUAAUGUACCUGACAGUGUUGCUAUGUUAUGUCUCACAAUUCGUUGUAACUCCCUUUUAUAUCAAAUGUAUACCCUACUGAUUUGUGCCAAAUAGGUCCAAAAGGACUUCCCAUCAUUUGUCUUCAUAUUUCAUUACUACUUGUUUGAAAUAAACACUACUGAGUUUUCACUGUACAUUUAUUAUUUCAGGUGAAUAUGCGCGUCGGUGUACACACUGGUAAAGUGAUCUGUGGAAUUGUCGGAACAAGACGUUUUAAAUUCGAUGUUUGGUCAAAUGAUGUUACAUUAGCUAAUGAAAUGGAGUCCAGUGGUGAAGCGGGAAAAGUGCACAUUUCUGAGGCUACUUUAAGUUUUGUAAAAGAUAUUUAUGAAGUUUCUGAAGGAAAACCUGUUCAUGAUAUUCGAAAAUUCAAAGUGUUAGUUGAAUUUUUUAAUAAAGAAGAACAAUGUUUCGCCAUUAAACAUACUCAAGAUGAAGCUAUGAUCAAAACAUAUUUUAUUGAAAAACGUUUGGAUGAUAAGCCAGUUGUCAGUUUGCCACCUAUGCAACUGGAAGUUGGUCCAGUUCAAUUACAAAGUGUAGGUUGUUAUUUGAUGUUUUGUGUAUUCAAACUGUAUAUAUUCAUGGUCUUUACAUUAUAAUAUAGUGGGGAAAUGAAUGGCGAUUGAUCAGUUCUUGAUUAUGAAACAAGCAACUAUUCAAUAGCGCUUCAUUUUCUAUUGAAUAAUGUGUGAAGCUUAUAGUUCAGUCGGUCAGAUUAGUUUUUUCCCAGUCGUUGAUAAGUCUUGCUAAUUGAACGCUAUAUUCAAUUCCUACGUUAUUCUCGUGACCCCCAAGCUGGAACUACACAGCGACCUGAGCACGAGAGAAAAGGCGCAAAAUAUGCGAGAAGGUUCGUUUUAGUACAGAAAAUAUAAGGUUUUUAUAAUAUUUGAGGUGUCCUUGAGUUUCCCGAAAAUUUUGGUAUGCUACUACAUAGUAGCAGUAUAGUAAUCGGCCAAUCAAAAACUCUGCAUGUGACUUUUCUCUUUCUUAAUGUUUCUGACUAAACUUCUAGUAAACGCUGAAUAGAUAAAAUGCUCCUUAGUGUUUCCUGAGCAUUUCUUGUCUUUUGCGAGAAAUUUUCUCGAUCACUCCAACACCCCCCCUUUAAAUAAUAAGACCUCUUCUUCGGGUCUACUUGCAGCUUGAUAACUGGCUUUCUGUGGCGUCCGGACUUUCUUGGUAUCCAGAGUCUAUGAGUGUCUGUUGGGGUUCCUGUCAUUGGAGUAUCUGUAAUUAUAUAUAGCGGAAGCCUCACUCGACUAUCUACCUUGUCUAGAGUCCUUUUCUCUCUGUGUAUUUGAUUAAUGUAUCUAAUUCACGUUCCGAAAGUCCCAUGCACUUUGUAUAAGACAUUUCCCAUUCUCUUCUCAACGACUCCCGGUUCCCAACGAUUUUUUCCCAAUGUAUGAUUUGACAAGCACUUUAUCACCUACGUUAAAACUCCGGAUAUUCUGAUUUUAUCUGGUUUGGGUGGUAACAUGAUGUCGAAUAUAGUUCGGAUGCUUCUCACGAACAUCGCUUCAUCAGGGGAUUUCCCAUCUGGGACGAUAGGGUUAAGCGUAGUUCGAUAAGCCGUUAAGAAUUUCGUAAUUAUCUGACUUGUGUCCUCUCCUUCCCCUUUCGGUAGUGCUUUUUUUGAAUAUGUCCUUCUCAACUUCCGACGUAUCGACGUUGUUGCUGACCGAGUUUAUGAGCCGGUCUGUUAGCUUCAACCUUUCAAUCCAAUCAAACCCUAAUAAGUCGAGUGAUGAACGUUCUGUCAAAAAUAUUACACCCUUCUUCGUAAACUCUCCGACUGUGAUUUCACCAGCAAUAUUUAGAAUUCCCCCAGAUGCACUCUGUGCUGAUUGAUGAGUUGAAUAUAUUUUCGUCUACCAAUUUUCUCCAACAUUCUCCUGCUUAUAAGUGUUAUAUCAGAGGCUGUAUCUAACUGUAAGCGGGCAUCAUACCCAUUAAUCUCGAGAGAAACAUACUUUCUACGGUUAUAUGAGCCGGCCUUGUGAAAAGCCACCGUUGCUUUAGCUAUUCGUGGCUUGAAUCUUUUAGAACACACUUUCUGUUGACGGCGUUUCCGGGUUUUGCAAUGACUUUCUUUGUGCCCUUUUGUAGAACACGUAUUACAACGAUGAUUUUUAGAAGGACAAAAUCUUUUGGAAAGCCAAACGCCACAUAACUAGUGUGAGGAUGAUGGUUUGUUUCUGUCAUUUCAAUAAUUCUGCGUGCUGGAACCUUGUAAAACUUUCCUCUCGACUGCAUUGACGUGAAUGAACGGGUUACCGUUCUCUACCAUCGGAGUAUCAUGCUUCAAAUGCACUAACCUUUUGCAUUCGGUAUCUACUUCAUUCAGGGUCAUGUUAGGACAGUUCUGAUAUCAACAUCUUCGGGUGAACGCAAGCUACAGACAAAAACUAGACAUUUAAACUCGUCUUCAGUCAUAGUAGACAACUUGAACGCCUCAAUGUCUCGGUUCACAAUUCCUGCAUGUUUCACUCAAUCAUCUCCUGGUUCUUUCGUUAUCUUCAAGGAUUGGUAACGGAUAUUAAGUAGAGAUGACUGUUCUCCAAAUAUUUGAGACAGGGUUUUAAUUGUUUCAUCAAAACUAAAGUCUUGUGGAUUCUUCGGGAAAAUGAAGUUACUAUAGCGUCCAUGUUCCAUCGUCCCAAGUUUUCUUAAAAGUAUUCUGACUUUGAAGCGUUAUCCAGUCGUCAGAGAUCAAUACAGAACAAAUCUUCAUAUUUCUUAAACCAAGAAUCGAAAGUUACACCUGCUACACCAUCAAAAUUAAAUUCAUGGAUGGAGUUAAUGAAUGAAUCAGUAUGGGAUACUUGUGAUUCAUCAGAAGCAAGGUUUUGCUGGGAUAGGCACAAUUUCUGCAUCAGGGCUUCCAUGAUUCUGGUAUGGGACUGUUCAAACAUCUCUUGAUGCUUCACAUAAGUAGUAUGUAGCAGGAAAAGGAAGUGGAAUACUUACCAGCAGAAGAACAGGAUGGAAAAUGGAGAGCAAUCGAAAUAACAGCAGUAUUAGACUGUUGCAUUAUAUCAAAAACAAGUGAAGGAAUAUAUGCAAAUGAUGCAUUUACUGUAGGAUUUUCAUAUUCUACUAAGACGUUGUGCGAUUUUACGUAAAACAAUAAAUUGGUUUACUGUAUUUAAAUAAUCGUUCAUUAAACAAUGUGUCCCGAUUUUCCAAAACCCUUUUAGUUUCAUGUUCAGAUGAAAAUCGAAAUAAAAUACUGUUUUUAGUUUCUUUAUCUCGUUGAUAUUGUUAUGACCACAAGUUUUUCGACAUCUAAUGAUGAUUCGCCACUUAUAAUCCCGAUUAUAAUUUCUUUACCUUGCGUGUUCUAUUUCGUAUGCAGACUAGUGUUCUAAGCUUUGACCAAGUAUACACUUUGACUGGGAAGAUUAAACUUGAGUUAAUGCCGAUAUAAUCUUAGUUUCUUCUGGUCAGCCAAUAUGUUUACCUUCUAUCCUCAGUUUUGAGUCCGAACAGUCAGUCAGCUACAACGUACGAUCAGGCACAUAUAUGCAUCGGUCCACCGCAUUAGCACAGCAAGAUAAACAUCGGAUUCGUAGAAAUAGUUAAUUCAGUGGUGGUAAUAUAUAAAAGAAAGAUUGCAAUAAGGAUAUAGUACAGGAAGAAAGAAUUAGUUCGUAGACAGAAAGAAUGGAGUGAUUUUAGUCUCUUAGUUUAAGGGAAGACAGGGAGUGUAUACACCGACGCCAUUGUGAUCGAUUCUGAGCCGUCACCAAGAGUCUCCAACCAUUGGUUACGAUAGUCAUGCUGACCCCAACCAAGUAGUCUGCAUCUUCCAACAUGGCUGAGACUAGAAGUUAGUGUCUUCAAGCACUGAUGCCACGUUUUGGUUUGGCGCCCUUAACUUUCUUCCAACCAUCUCCAACACCGGUUAGCAUUGCACGUCGUGGUAAUCGGUGUUCAGGCAUACAUAACACGUUGCCCAACCAUCUCAGUCGAUGAAGAUUCAUAACCUCAUCAACUGAUUUACCAUCAUCCCCUAAUACCCUGCGUCUAACCUCACUAUUACUUACCCGGUGAUCCCAGCAAACGCCAGUAAUAUUUCUGAGGCACGAGUGUCUUCUACUCUUAAUGGCUAUGUUUCGCUGCCGUAAAUUAAAACAGAACGGACUGCCGCGCAGUAUACUCGUCCUUUUAUUGAUAGACGGAUAUCUUGCUUUCGCCAAAGGUGACGCAAGUUGGCAAAAGCCAAACGAGCUUUUCGAAUCCGUGCUGAGAUUUCGUCAGACACCAACCCAUUAGGGCUGAUCAGACUUCCAAGAUAAGCGAACAUUGGGUGUUGAUUUUAGUAAACAUUUUGUAAGGUUGAAAAUGUUUUCUCAGUAAACAGUCAGAACAAGCAUUAUUACUACUGAAUUUAUACCAUAUACCCUAAACGAAUUUGUGAGAUCUUAUUUACAUAAAUCUUAAUAAUAUUAGUUCAGGUGAUAAAUUAUCGUUUUUAAUAGUAACCAUUUUGAUUCUGGUUCAUCUAUGGUUUAGUAAUUAAGGUAAUCCAACUCCAAUCUACAGGCGUAACGUUUGAACUAGAUUCCAAUUCCAGUUUAGGAUGGCUAGUAGUACCAGUACGAAAACUUUUACUUGGCAAAUGAUUCACAGACGCAUGUUAUAGGUUGAUCAAGCAUCUUUAAACGUUUGCCAUGUCUAUUGAAUUAUAAAAAUGUAAAAUUGUCCUUUAGCAAUCGUGACUGUCGGAAAUCAGUUUUAGAUCAAAUUACUGAUGUGGCUGAAUACGCGAUUACUCAAAAUAACUCGUGGCAACGUGAAUCAGCUGAUUUACUAGCUAACCAUAUCGUUUGUUUAUAGAAUUCGGUUUACGUGAAAAGCUCAAUUACGGAACGUCUGUUACUCUUAAGUAACCAUUUCACAAGUUCCUGACGAAUCUUAUUAUCGAGAUUCCCUUGUUUUGCCGGAAAAUGAUGAGCUUUAUUAGGUGCAGCUGCAUUCAGUAUACUGCACGAUUUGUUUUCUGUUUCGUGGGCGGUACUGCGACAAUUCCAUGAACAAUAAACAGGAAAUCUUUUUAUGAGCUGGAUACGUCCGUGUUUGUAUAUUAUGUUUCGGGGGCAGUGGGAUUUAAAUCCAUUACCGGGCAUGUUUCUGAAAUGGGCAGUACUGUACCACUGGGUGGAUAUUGAAUGACUACCGUUUUGUUUAAUUUACUGUUUGCCAAGGAUUCAUGAAGGCUGCAAUCAUUUACCUGCUCAGUGUGCAAUUGAGAAAUUAAUCCAUUCACUUCCGUCGCAUCUCCAAAACGUGAGUGAUUCAGCAGCUGUGUGCGUAAUUUCGCUAAGAACGCCAACUGUCGCUCAAAUAGUAGCUGUAAUCGAUCGGAAGGGAGAGUCAUUUUCUGAAUCAGCACCGGUAAUGAAAAUUACUGCAUGAAUAAUGACCAAUGUCGUUCAAGGACACCGAUGACAAAUCUGGAUGGUGAUUGCUCGAAAUAAUUUGACUGAAUUUCGUCCAAUCACAGACUGACUUUGGAUCGUAAUAUAUUUUUUACUUCGUCGCCAAUUUUUAUAUCUGGUCGUCGCUGAUUGUUGUAUAUGUAUAGCUGCCUAAAUGGAACUAGAUGGGAACUGAAUGCUCUAACUUCUAGGCCGUUAUUGUUUACAGAUAUGAGGUAUUUUUCAUAGGUUUACUAUUUUUGCGAAGUCGUCAUAAAACUGUUUUCCAGCCGAAUAAAUUUCUGUACAACUAUCAUUUUUCUUUUAGAUUAAUAAUGUUUGCGAUAGUGAAACUGUUACCACAAAUAAUAAUCUGCAUGAUGAAUCACGGAAUAUUGACGCAGUUAUCCCAACAGCAAUGAAUACUAGUAUUUCAUCAACCACGGAGAUUCACAACACUUUUACCUCAUGUCAUCCACUUGUGAAUAACGAAAGUACUAAUAAUGUCGCUAAGAAACCUGACGGCAUUACACAACAUAAUGGUGGAGAUAAUAAGAAGCUGGUGGAUAGCAGUCAACUCCCACAAUCGGUUUCAACAGUCUUAACAGAAAAUCGUCUUCCUAUGGAUAAUAAGAACAUAACUAUACCGCAUACUGCUACAACAACAACAACAACUACUACUAUAACUACUUCGUAUGCUAUUAGUCGCGGUUCUGAUGUGGAAAUGUUACAGGCAUUACAAGAUUUUGUUCAACCUGAUGAAAUUUUCAUUUUUCCACCAAUAUCCAGAUUAAGUUUGAAUUUCUUUGUUCCCAUGGUUGAGAAAAGUUAUCGACGUUUAGGUUUACGACGUCCAAGAACUCACUCUAUUGAGAAAUUAUCAUGGUCCACACCACGUAUCGCUCCAUUUAUUAAUACAAUUACAGAGACAAUAUUGAUUUUCGUUAUUGCUAUAACAUGUUUAAUUGUUUUUCCAGAUGCUCGAAAAGCAGUGAAUACGCCAAGUUUUUAUAUUAUUCUAUUUAUCGCCUUCAUGAUACAUACACUAUUAUUGACAUUGUUAAUUUCCGAUUUGGCUGCAUGGGCCUGGUGUCCAAGACGUUGCAAUAGUAGUAGUAAGUCCAUGUUGAAAACUAGUAGCCGUUAUGAUUGGCGACGUAUAGUGAUUCGGCUAUAUGGGAAGCUGUUUCGUUGGAAUUCACGUAAUGUGAUUGGUGUUUUUAUUUUGAUCUUACCAACAUCUGUCGUUUUGUCGACCUAUUCUUAUUGUUUAUUUAAUAAAUAUACACCUUUAAUAACACUCGAUGCGUCAUCAAAUCAUAAAGACACCUAUUAUUAUUCUCACAUGUUUUAUGCUACUUAUCGUACACAGAUUGGUUUGUUGUUCACUUUUAUGUUUAUUAACUGUACAUUGUACACAUCGUUUUCCUCUUGGACGAAAACUAUUUCAGCUACAUUCGUCUGUUCAUUGGGUAUACUACUGAUAUCCUUACAUAGAACACUUCAGUACACGUGUUCGCCACAGCAUGCUCAGUCGUGGUAUUCGGCAAUAAAAUAUAGUUUUAAUAGUCCAGCAAUUGUUGAAGAACGACUAGAAAAUCGAAAUUCAUCGUUGUUAUUUGAGUUUCCUGAUUGGUCAUAUCCAGCCAUGUCUGAUAAUGCCGUGUACGAGUAUAUCGUGAUUGGAUUACUUACUUUGAUUCUAGUCGGUGCAUUGAAUCGUGAGUUUGAUAUUAAUUUCCGAUUAAGUUUUCAUCGAGAUUAUGAAGCUCUACGAGCUAAGGAAGCUAUCGGUCAUCAAAAAUUGCAAGCUGAUUGGUUAUUGGAGAACAUUAUUCCAUAUUAUAUAAUGAAUGAUUUACGUCAGCAUAAUAAAUACUCUCGACAUAUUGAAGAUGCUGGUGUUGUUUUUGCAUGUAUUGCGAAUUUCUCUGAGUUUUAUGACGAACAAUACCAAGGUGGUCAAGAGAUGUUACGUGUUAUGAAUGAAAUAUUUGCUGAUUUUGAGCAUCAACUCGCCUUAUCGAAAUAUAAAGACGUCGAGAAAAUCAAAACAAUCGGUUCAUGUUUUAUGGCUGCUUCUGGAUUAAAUAUGACUGAACGUAAACGCAAUAAACGAUCAGAUGAACAUUUGUGGGCAUUACUUGAUUUUGCUUUGGAUUUAAUUCAUACACUAGAUGAUUUCAAUCGCCAAAUGUUCAAUUUUCAAUUUGAGCUAAAAGUUGGUUAUAAUAUUGGUGAAGUGACAGCUGGUGUUAUUGGUACUACAAAACUAUUAUAUGAUAUAUGGGGUGAUACUGUCAAUGUGGCUAGUCGUAUGUAUUCAACAGGUUUAAAAGGUAGAAUACAAGUUACUGAGGCUGUUGCUAAACGCUUAGAAUCACGUUACAUAUUUGAAUACCGCGAUGAAGUGUUUGUCAAGGGUAAGGGUAAUAUGAAAACCUACUUAUUGGUAAGCCGUCGAAAUAGUUAAGAGGAAGGGAUGGUUAUGGACAUAAUUUCACUGAAAAAAUAUGUCUUACCUGUUUGUUUGUGCUACUAAUGACCCGUGUACUAUUCAUAAUAAUUUGGUCAAUUAUGGCGUCUUAAUCUCUGGUCACUUGAUCAAUGGGACAAUUUAGAAAAUUUCAAAAAUUAUGAUCUGAAUUUUCACUUUACUACACACACAAAAUCCUUUAAUAGAUAUUUUCAUAUACGUGUGUUUGUUGUCGUUCUUCACUGUUAUUUAUCAAAUUAAGAACUCACUGCACCACCGUUAUUUUCGCUUAAUCAUAAUUUUUAAUUAAACAUAAUAAUACUUAUCGAGAAAGUAUCAUAUAUUGAACAUAUUAGUUUACACUUGUAAUAAUCAUUUUCCUGACUUUGCCUUUCUUUAUUAUCGUCCUUUUACACAGUGAUUAUUGUUGUCAUUAUUGCUUUCCUUUCAUUUUCCUCAUCAUUUCCAACAAACUUUCAUCUACUGUGCAUUUGUCUUAGACAUCCAUCGUCAAUAUUCUAUCGAUAAAUGACCAUAUAAAUGUAUUAAAUUCUUUGUCUUUAUAUGUUGUGUUAAUUUUUCUUACGGUUAUGAACUUGGUCUAAAUAUUAGUUGCAUGUUUUAGUUCAUAUGACAUUAAGCGCCGGACUAAUUGAUUGUUAUAUGUUCCACCUUUAAUCAGAACCAAGCUUAGUUGCCAAGUUAUAUUGGAACUAUAUUCGUCCAAAUACAUGCGUAUGUGUGUGUAUGUGCACAUGAACCUUGUGAACGCAAAUAACUUGACCUUAAGAAUUCAGCUACCACUGUUAUAUUGCAUUUUUCCCAUGAUUAUCUAGACUGCUUUUCACUUGUUUUGUCCUCUUUAUUAUGAUAUUUUAAAAGAAAUUUGGUAAUAAAGUUGAUAGACAUACAUUAAAAUCCACUAGCUUUUCAUUGUCGUGAUUACUUGUAUUUAUUCGCUAGAAGUAUAUAAGGUGAUCUAUUGUUCAAACUGAAAUCUAAUCAGAAUGGGUUUUGUGGAGAUUUUUUGGAAAUUUCACAAGUUGAAAUCAUGAGCCAAUUGAAGCUAGACCACCAUGGAAAACCUGGAAGCACUGGACGGCCGUUUCGUCCUAGUAUGGGACUCCUCAGCAGUGCGCAUCCGCGAACCCGCCCCUCGCGGGAUUCGAACCCAGGACCUACUGGCUUCGCGCGCGAGCACUUAGCCAUUAGACCACUGAGCAGGCAUCUAACGGUGUUAAUGUCUAACUUCAACUAAUCCACGAAGUUGCGCCACCAUUGUCUUCAGUGAGUUACUAUCUCACAACAGACCUGGUUGAACUCGACUGGUAACGGC